AUGUACAUCUCGUUGUUCUUACGCGGGAAACUCCGAGGACGGCCAGUAACAGCGGCGACUGACUGUCAAGCACCCAGCCGCAGAAUCUUUGUCUCAGAUCAAAAGCCGAAUCUCCGGUUCUUGAUCGACACCGGCUCUGACGUAUCAUGUUAUCCCAAACGUCUUCUACGAGACUGUCACACAUCUACAGACUUUAAACUAAGUGCCGCCAACGGUAGUACUAUCAAGACCUACGGAACCUGUUCUAUGACAUUGGACCUAGGCCUUCACCGUAGUUUUGCAUGGCAGUUCACAGUUGCAGAUGUCAGUGUUCCAAUCAUUGGCUCAGACUUCCUCAGUUACUACCAUUUGCUUCCUGACUGUCGAUUGUUGCGACUUCAUGAUGCCAAAACUGGACUUAUCACAGGAGGACAACUUUCCGUUACGACUCAAUGUAGCGUAAAAUCCGUAGUCACUACUUCUUCCCUCUCUAAAAUCUUGCACGAAUUCCCUGAAAUUACUCGCCCUCCAGGAUUGCCUCGAGAAGUGAAGCACCAGAUAGUACAUCAUAUACACACAACUCCAGGACCUCCUGUAUUCUGCCGACCACGACGACUGGCCUCUGUAAAGCUCAAGCUUCCUGGACUUCCAGUCUCUGCGGGGGGCUGA